AUGGCUUCUUCAACUUACUCCACUUUAGCAUUUACCCUUUUAUUGAUCAUCCAUCUCACGCCGGAAAGCACCGCAUCACGCCGUCUGAAUGAAAAUAGUCCGGAGGUCCAUGGAGUCACCACCACCACUACUAGCACUAAUCCUCCGGUACCGUCAAUUUAUCCUAUGCUACCGUUUGCCCCUGCACCAUUAAUCCAAGCGUAUUUCGUCCCACCGUCGCACAGCUGUCCUGGUUUCUUCUUUCGUCAUAUCUGGUGCUCCAAGCCAACGCCUCCGUGA